CGUAAAUCCGAGUGUGUGUAAAUCCGAGAGGGAGUGGAGAUUUCCCAGGAGUAGACAGGGGGUUCACACGUCGACUGGUUAAACACUGUUGUUGGAAAUGAAUAACUGGAGAGUUUACAUACUUGUAUAAAGUAUUUAUACAUACUAUACCAAAGUACAGAAUUUUAAUUAGUAAAGAACAUUUUGAGGAUCUUCCUGGAGACACUCUUGACUCACAUGCUGUGCUCAUAAACUACUGUAGAUUUAUGCAGUUGUUUACACAGUCCGGUCAUGGUUGGACACAUACACAGAUUGUCUCUAAUCGUUGCUGUAUUGACAGUAAUAGGAUUUAUACAGCUCAUUAGCAUCAUCACAUCUCUAGCGGAUUUAAAUGGUCAACUAACAUUCACCUUCUACAAAAUUAAGAGCAGCAUUCACUCAGCCUUUAAGCCUCCUGAACUUGUGUGGCGGGUGGUGGUAAACCAGACAUACUGUGGACAAUUUGUUCAGAAGCCCACGGCAGAAGAGGCCAUAGAACAGAGACAUUUGCUCAAUUCCCUUGCAUGGCCAGGUCCACUCAUGAAAGGCCUCCCUGUGAAGUUCAGCAGUAAUCCUGCCAAGAGCUACUUUGUGAUUCAGGGUCCACCAGAGCAACACAUAGGUGAUCAGCUUGUGGUUAAUGUUCAUGUGCACAACUUCUUGGGCCAACCUAAGAAGCAUGGAGGAGAUUUCCUGAUAGCCAGGCUGCAUUCACCUGAGCUGCGUGCUGGGGUUGCAGGGAAGGUGCAUGACCACAAUGACGGGAAGUAUACAGUACUGUUCCCACUGCUGUGGGUUGGUGAAGUGCAAGUAGAAAUUACCAUGGUGCAUCCAAGUGAGGCAGUUGCGGUGCUCAAGAGGCUGCAGGAAGAGCAACCAGACAGAGUAUUUUACACAAGCCUGUUCCGCUCUGGCUCCCUGUCAGAGACGACCAUCUGCAACUUGUGCCUACCUUUCAAUCAGAAACCACUUGGUAACUUCACUGACCCUGUAACUGGAGAGCCAUGGUACUGCUACAAACCAGAAAAGAUAGGCUGUGACACACGAAUAAAUCAUGCUACAGGGGGAUUUACUAAAAACCUCAUUACAAAUUAUGAAGCACAUUUCUUCAAGAGGAGUAUAAAUCUUAAAGUUCCUAUACCUGCAUCUGCACUGGACAAAGUGACUGUAUUACCUGCAAACAACGAACAAAAAGCCAUAGUAAAAAACAAUUACGAUACUGCUGGCUACUACUUUAAUGAUACCUGGAGGUCUUUGAGUGGUUCAGCCGUCCAGCAGUUUAAUGACCCAUCAGCUAUAACACGUUGUCUUAGAGGGAAGAUUGUGUACAUGCUUGGAGAUUCCACUUUGCGUCAAUGGUACAAGUACCUCAAUGCUUUUGUUCCUGAUCUCAGACAGUUGAAUCUUUACACUCCUAAGAGAAUAGGACCAUUUAUGGCUGUCGACAGCACAAACAACAUUCUGGUAAGCUAUUGCUCCCAUGGGCCGCCCAUCCGCCUCACCCCAGUGCUCUCCUCUGACCUGCACUAUGCAGCAAAUGAGAUAGACAGGAUACAGGGUGGGCCAAACACGAUCGUUCUUGUGAGUGUGUGGGCUCACUUUAGCUCCUUUCCUAUUGAAACUUACAUACGGCGCCUCCGGCACAUUCGUAAGGCUGUGGUGCGGCUGCUGAACCGUGAUCCAGCUACGUUGGUGGUGAUCCGCACUGCCAACCUGCAAAAGCUGGACCCGGAGAACAGCAUGUUCAACAGUGACUGGUUAAGUCUGCAGAUCGACACUGUGCUGCGUGCCAUGUUCAAAGGACUCAAUGUGAAGUUGCUGGAUGCCUGGGAAAUGACGUUGGCUCACCACCUACCCCAUGACCUACACCCACCCGAAGCCAUUAUCAAAAACAUGAUUAAUGUAAUCCUCUCCUUUAUCUGUCCAGUUAGAAAAAUAUAGAAUUGUGAAAAAAAAUAAUGUAUAUAUUCUGCAUUCCACAAAUAUAACAAUAAAACAAUGUAAGGGUAGCACCAAAAAAAAAAAACGUCAAUCAGUUUGCUGUGACUCAAUUUACCAACAUCUUACCUUUUAACUGAUAAGACAGUAAGAUGGUGAAGCCUGUCUUGAAUGGUGAAGCCCCAUUGUGCACGUCAGCUACCUACAACUACAGCUGUACACACUGCACCAUGCAAGUAAAUACCAUGCUAAUCUAGGAAAAUCUAGGCAAAUUUUGCAACCAGCCACAGACCUAAAAAGGUGUACAAAUUUUGGUAGUUUGAUAGCUUGUUUUAAUUGUAAAUAAGUAACCUGGUAACCUUUUCUAGUAACCUGAUAUUUUACCUCUAUCAUGCUCUGUUUUGUUUUUUCUUGUUUUGUUUGUUUGUUUCUGCUUGGUAAAAAGAACAUUUGGAUAUCCAUCUACAGGAGUCAGUAAUACAAUAUGAGUCAAAUUAGAUCAUUGCAGAUCAUUACUGGGGCACGUGAGGAGUAAAAUGGGGACCGGCAGAUGUUAGUGAGGAAAGAGUUAUCAAAAAAGGCAAAAACAAGUGAAGAGAAAAGCGAUGAAAAAAAAUAAGCAAAAUUAAUGUAAAGAAAACAAAAAUUGUAAGUUCAAUUAAGA